AUGCUUUACUCCCGCAAGUACUCUAAAUAAACCGGCAAAGCGAGGAGACAGCGCAGAAGAUUUCAGAGCUUUCUUUUUGCUUCUUUUUCUUUACGAUCGUCCUCACCACCAUCUCUUCCUUUCUUUCCUUUUUCUUUUAUUAUUAUUAUUAUUAUUAUUUUAAUUCCUUUUUUUUUGUUGACUAAAAAUUGUCGAAUGUGAUAUAAUAUAAAACAGAAAAACAUAUUCAGAUCUAGACCUUUCAUUUCGGUUCUCGAAUUGAUUAUAGAGACCAAGGAUUUGGCAUAGAGGGGGUGUUUAUUUUAAUUUGUUUUUUUAAAAAAGUAAAUAUUUAAAUUGUAAUUUGGAUUGAGAAUUUUGAUGGAAUCGUCGAGUCAGCCGGAGUUCGAUUACUUGUUCAAGUUGCUGUUGAUUGGGGAUUCAGGAGUUGGGAAGAGCACUCUCCUCCUGAGUUUCACUUCUAAUACAUUUGAGGAUCUCUCUCCUACCAUUGGUGUUGAUUUUAAAAUAAAACAUGUUACUCUUGGGGGGAAGAAAUUGAAGCUUGCAAUAUGGGACACAGCUGGACAAGAAAGAUUCAGAACGCUUACGAGCUCAUAUUACAGAGGAGCUCAAGGGAUUAUCAUGGUUUAUGAUGUAACACGACGAGAAACGUUCACAAAUCUAUCUGAUAUAUGGGCGAAGGAAAUUGACUUGUACUCUACAAAUCAAGAUUGCAUCAAAAUGCUUGUUGGCAACAAAGUUGAUAAGGAAAGUGAAAGGGUUGUCAGCAAAAAAGAGGGAAUCGACUUUGCAAGGGAAUACGGAUGCCUUUUCCUUGAAUGUAGUGCAAAAACUCGACAAAAUGUAGAGCAGUGCUUUGAGGAGCUGGUGUUAAAGAUUUUAGAAACGCCCAGUCUUUUGGCCGAGGGCUCGGCAGGUUUGAAAAAGAACAUCUUCAAACAAAAGCCUCCAGAGUCUGAUGCUUCAACAAGUGGCUGUUAUAAAAUAAAACGAGAGAAGAAGAAUAGAGAAAAAAAAAAAAGAAAAAAGAAAAAAAGCAGCGGCAUGAACACAAUCAUACAACACUGUGAAGCAGAGAGCACCAGCAGCAGUAGCAGCGACACGGCCUUGGCCACAAAGCUUGCCGAAUCUCCAGCUCUGCCUUCAUCCCCAUCAGGGGACGCCCAUGAAGACGACCUGCCCGCCGUACCAUCGCCGUCGCCGUCACCAUCACCACCGGAUAUUGUAAUGUCUUCCAGGGACCCUGACGCCCUCUACAGUGGUGGCGGUAUCAGUUUUCUCACUGGCAACCGUAGUGCAAGGUUCAGCUAUGGAUUUUCCAGUUUCAAGGGUAAAAGGGCUUCCAUGGAGGACUUCUUUGAGACGAAGAUAUCAGAAGUUGAUGGUCACAUGGUUGCCUUUUUUGGUGUUUUUGAUGGCCAUGGAGGUUCAAGAACUGCUGAAUACCUAAAAACCAACCUUUUUAAGAAUCUAACUAACCAUCCAGAUUUCAUCAAAGACACAAAAACAGCGAUUGUUGAAGUUUUUAGACAGACAGAUGCUGAUUACCUUAAUGAAGUGAAGGGUCAGCAAAAAGAUGCUGGCUCAACUGCAUCAACUGCUUUGCUGUUAGGAGACAGGUUGUUUGUGGCAAAUGUCGGGGAUUCAAGAGUAGUCGCCUGUAGAGCUGGUUCAGCUAUCCCAUUGUCUAUUGAUCACAAACCUGAUAGAUCUGAUGAACGUGAAAGAAUUGAACAGGCUGGAGGUUUCAUCAUUUGGGCAGGAACAUGGCGGGUUGGUGGUGUUCUUGCUGUUUCUCGUGCGUUUGGAGAUAAAUUACUUAAGCCAUUUGUCGUUGCUGAGCCAGAAAUACAGGAAGAAGAAAUUGAUAGUGUAGAUUUUAUAAUCAUUGCUAGCGAUGGACUUUGGAAUGUCAUUUCUAAUAAGGAUGCUGUAGCUUUAAUACAGGGGAUAACAGAGGCAGAAGAGGCCUCUAGAAAACUUAUAGCAGAGGCAUAUGCACGAGGAAGCUCAGAUAACAUUACUUGCAUUGUUGUGCGAUUUGAUAUUUCGUGAGCAAAUUGUUACUAAGGGUUCACCUUUGUCGACAAGAAUUCCUAGUAUCCAUUUUAAGAAUAGAAUAACUUCAUCAUGAAAGCAUUUUUUUUUUUUUCCCCAUUCCAAAUUAUUGUAUUUUUAUUUUAUUUUUUAUUUCUCUUCUAUUUUAAUUUGUCAGGAUGAACAGCUAAAUUUUCAAGUUGUUAUAGUCCUGAUUGACACCUUAAUCUGAGUUUUAUGGUGGUUUUGUCGUAUCAAUGUAAUUCUAAAUGAGUUGUGAUAUUGUGAGUUUAAUGUCAUUCUUAUUACUCUU